AGUUUGAAACUUACACUCAAGCGGAGUUGUAAAUAGUGGUUCGAGUUGUUGGCUCGUACUCAAACUGUAGAAAAAUGUAAAAAGUCGACUAAAAACAUAUAUCUAUAUACACACAUAUAAAUAUUUGUUUGCCUGCAAAAUUAUUUUCAACUUUAAUUUCAACGAAACGAAAAUACAAACAAAUCAAACGAAAUCGAAAAACAACCAAACGGGUUAAAGCUUGCAUGUAGACCUUAGAACCACGUAGAAAACGACAAGGAAACUAUUAAGAAACGAAAUAAACUAAAAAUUAAAUAGGGAAUCGGGAAGAAGUUGCAGCUAAUUUCUGGUUCGUAUAACUCCAUUAGAAGGCGAUUAGCAUAUUGAAGGACGAAGGAUAAGGCGGGAAAACCCGCUGCAGUGGCUGAAGCGCCAACGAUAAUUCAAUCAAAGGGCAGGAAAAGUUGCCCGGGAAACUGCUUCUGGUAGAGAAAACUAGAAAACUUCAUCAAAACACUUGGAUAAAGUGGAAAACGUGUGCGUGCGCGUGUGAAAAACUUUUAGCAUCAGGCCGAGGGGUUUAAUUUCGAUACUUUACAAGUUCCGCCGGCCAGCUGGAAAUGUCCAUCUCCAUGGACCAUCAUCGUCAUCAUCGUCAUCGCCAUCACCUCAGCAUGUGGCCGACAUUCGCCGUCUGUCUGCUCCUUUUGCAGGCCACCACCAGCACCAUGGCCAUCGAUUUGAGCCGUCUGUAUGGACACAUGGCCAAUCCCAUCGUGAAGCGGAGCGAAGCCUGUCAUCCCUACGAGCCCUUCAAGUGUCCCGGAGAUGGUAAUUGCAUUUCCAUCCAAUAUUUAUGCGAUGGUGCACCCGAUUGCUCUGACGGAUAUGAUGAGGAUAUGCGUCUGUGUACGGCUGCCAAGAGGCCGCCGGUCGAGGAGACUGCAUCCUUCCUCCAGAGCCUGAUCGCCUCGCACGGACCCAAUUACCUGGAAAAACUUUUCGGCAGCAAGGCACGUGAUGCCCUUUCACCUCUGGGCGGUGUGGACAAGGUCGCCAUCGCUUUGAGUGAGUCGCAAACGAUUGAGGACUUUGGCGCUGCCCUUCAUCUAAUGAGAUCUGACUUGGAACACUUGCGCUCUGUUUUCAUGGCCGUGGAGAACGGGGAUCUGGGCAUGCUGAAGUCACUCGGAAUAAAGGAUUCGGAGCUGGGCGAUGUGAAGUUCUUCUUGGAGAAGCUGGUCAACACCGGCUUCCUCGACUGAGUAGCGCCAGAUCCGGCUUCUGGAUUUUAUUACGCACACGCACAGCCCAUCAAUCCUAAUUUCUAUUCGUAUUUGGGAACGCCCUACGAUAAUUACAAUUAUUAAGUGCGAACUACACAGAUACACACGUACCUACACUCAUCUUCCGCUAACAAAAACCCCCAAGAACCCACUUCAUUCCAGCCAAAAGAUAUUUUCUCAAACUCUGUUUUUGAGUAUAAUUUUGCUUUCCAAAAACCUUUUUAAGCCAUUUUUAAUUUACUUAUUUUCAUUUUCCAAACACUUUUAUAUAAAAACAAAAAUCAAGCAUACCAAAAACGAAAAAAAAUUGCAAAAGACCACGAAAAAGCUACAAAAAAAUAAAGGCGCGAAGAGAAAAUACAUUUAUACGCAAGAACAAACAAAAUUUCGAUCACAAAUCGGCUGCAAUCUACCGAAAAUCAAAUCUUAAGCUUUCUCCCAACUUUCUGCGCUCUUUCCUAGACUUUCUUGAUAUGUUGCGUUUCUAUCGCGAUCUAUAUUUAUUUUGAGAAAAUCUAUGCGCAAAUUUCAGAACAUUGCAGAAAAACUUCAUAAGAACUAGAAAAAUAAAAUGUGGAAGCAGGAUCGUUUGGCAAAAUAUUAAAUGAGAAAAGAAAAAAAACAAAAAGUUAAAAAAGACAAAAAUAUUAAUGUUUAUAUAACGAACUUUUUCUGAACCAUAUAUAUGUAUACAGAUAUUGAACAUUUUUAUUGUAAAGUGUUUCAAGGCUUCUUAGACCCGUCACUUAUGGUAUUCACACUAAAGUCCCUACAAACAAUGAAUGCAAAACAGCAACCGAGGCUAUCAGUAAAGAACCUUCCAACCACUUUCUUACGUACUAACCCAGUACACUUAUCUUCUUUCGAUAACCGUCUAUUAAUUAUAUACUAUGAAAUACGGAAUAUUUGUUUAGUUCUAGUCAGUAAAUGUAGCGAAAGCCCUGCAGCUAUUGUUGUUUCCAGUAGAAGAAAAUCUUCAAUGUUUCAAAUAAAAUAAUGAAAUCAAUUAAUAAACUUAACACACGUUAUCAUAGGAACUAAAAUGUCUAUGUCGAGCUACUGUGCAGAAGUAACAUAAUUGGUUUGAGUUGCAUAAUUCACGGAACGUUUUGUGUGUCUAAAAAAUAUCAAUGAGAAAUCUCAAGUUAUAUAUUCAAAGCAAGUAAUUAUAAAGCCUAACCUUAAUUUGGAAAUAAUACACACAACUUUACUCAAUUCUCAACAUAUAUAUAUUUCUUAGACAAAAAAAACACACAAAAGCAAAUUGUAACCAAAAUGAGAUUCUCACCUUUUGAGGGCCAGUUUCACUUUGCCAAAGAACAAAAACUGACCCAAACAAUUGGAAUAUAAUCUAAGCAGAACCAGAAACUGGCCCUCAAAAUACAAAAACAACACACAAAAUCUUACUUACUAGUCUAAGAUUCUCUAAUUCAAACAUUCUUCAAACGGAGCACGGAAUUGUUGACCAGAUAGCGUGACAAGUAACUAAAACGAAUAGAAAUCAGAGGAGAAAUUGAGAACCCAACGUUAAAGGAAAUUUCUUUAGAUGAAACCGAAAAAUUAAUGGAGUUAUAAGUACCUUGAAUUAGCUGAUAGAUCAUACAACAACUACAGCAAAAGUAAACUAUAAUUAUUUACUUAAAUGGAAAGAAACAAAAAAUCAUUUUAAUUAUAUAGUCGUCUAUUUGAAAAAUAUAUUUAUGAAUAAAUAUUUAUUCGAAUGUAACUUAAACAAGUCAAGAGUAAUGUUAAAUGAAUGAAAAUGAAAAUGAACAGAAACUGAUCCAUUGAACUAUAUAUAUAUAUAGGUAUAUGAUAAAAAUGAAGGAAGUGAGGAAAUGCCCCAUGUAAAUAAAGGAGACAAACUACUUAUUCCAUAAUCGAUGCAAAUGAAAUGGAUAAACCAACCACGAAAAACAAAAAAAAACAACAAAGUGAUAAUUUGUUUUUUGAGUUCCAUCAAAACAUAUUCACCUGUACAUUUUAAAUAAUUUAAAUAUCU